UAGGUAAAGUUGACGAAGUAGAAUAAUCUAUUCGGAUCUUUCAGAAUGUUUAAAACACAUACGAGAUAAUCGAUAAUCAAAGUUAUCUACACGUAGAAGACUUUAGUACAGUACGUGUAUUUUAUUUUGCAAUGACACAACACGUAAGAUAAAAUUGUGCACGUAUACAAGUUAAUAGUAAAGAAGGAGGAUGAGGUGCGGGGCGGGUGGAGGGAGUGGGAGGGAGAGGGGGAGGUUUAAGAGGGAGAGUCGUAAUCAGUUAAGUCUAUCAUAAAUGCUGAAGUCGCUGCAAAAGAAGCAGUUUGUCGUAGGUAGUCGCUUUGGUGGUAGUCAUCGUAUUUUUUAACGUCGGUGUCCAUUAUCAUUAUCCAUAUUAUACAACCAAAGGAUUCGUGUGUGUGUCAAAUCGUAACAUAUAUUUUUUUAAGGAUUAAAUAAUAAAUAUUACAUUAGAUAGUUAUGAACACCGGCCUGAGAUUUAUCAUAACUUGCAUCGUAUCUUUAACCACGUGCUUGCAUUUCGUGCAAGCGCAAAGUAUUGACAAUGGUGAAUCCGUGAUCAAUGGGAUUAAGGAAAGCGAGAAUUGUACACCUCGUUCGAUCAAUGACUUCCCAGAGGACAUUUUUACGGUAGAACAACGUGCACAAGGGGCUGUUAUUUUACACGCCUUCCUUGGUUUUUAUUGCUUUUUACUGACGGCUUUCGUAUGCAACGAUUACCUUUUACCUGCACUCGAUUGCAUUUGUUCCGGAAUAAACAUAUCGGCUGAUGUAGCUGGAGCUACAUUCCUUGCUACCGCCAGUUGUUUUCCUGAACUUUUCGUCAGUGUAGUUGGUACAUUCUUAACCGAAUCUGACCUUGGAGUUGGUACCGUGGUCGGUAGUGCAGUAUUCAAUACAUUUGCUACUACUGCAUGCGGUGCACUUUCAGCACGACACGGUAUACAACUAGAAUGGCAAAUACUGUCGCGCGAUUGCAUAAUCUACGUGAUAUCCGUUGGUUUGUUGGUAUUGGUUAUGUGGGACGGCCUGAUCACCUGGUACGAAGCUACGAUCUUCAUAGUAUUGUUCGUUGGUUAUUUGGUCCUUCUGUUCUCCGGCGAAGGGAUAACACGAUGGUAUAACAAGAUGAAACAUCUUUGUUGGAACGGUACCGAAUUUACGGAAGAAAGUGCUGCUGCCAAACCGACAACCGAACCGAUGUUGCACGGCAUGUACAAACCGUACGUUCAUGGUGACCUAAUAGCCGAGUAUAGAAAAAAAAGUAUCACCAAGAUAGCCGAAAUUAAAUCGACCAAUAAGAAUUUCGAGGAACCACCAGAGAAGAUCGAGGAUUCGAUCGAUUAUGUCGAACCCGAUACGCCAUUUGUAUUACCCAAAGGUAAUUUAAUUACGAAACUAUGGUUUUACUUUACCUGGCCAUUAAGGAUUUCAUUAUUUGUCACCAUACCGGAUACCAGGUACAAAAGAUUCCGUUCGUGGUAUUUCGUAACAUUUUUCGUUUGCACCAUGUGGAUCGUAGUGUCUUCUUAUAUGGUAUCUUGGAUGAUGACCGUUGUUGGAGACACCAUGGGUAUUCCCGAUUCAGUUAUGGGAAUAACUUUUCUAUCGGCUGGUGGUAACAUGCCUGAACUCGUCUCGAUCGUUAUCCUUUCAAGACAAGGUAACGGUGACAUGGCCAUGAGCAACACAUUGGGUGCCAACACUCUCGAUAUUCUUCUAUGUUUGGGUUUACCGUGGUUGAUUAAAUCUAUAAUGUCCGGCAAAGACGUAGAAAUCAUAUCCGGUGCAUUAUCUUACAGUGUUCUAUCGAUCAUCGUAUGCGUUAUAUUUUUCUAUUCGGUUACGGCAUUUUAUAAAUUUAAAUUGAACAAAAAAGUUGGCGCGGUUUGUCUCGUUAUGUAUGUUAUAUUUUUAAUAUUUGCGAUAUCGGUGGAAUUGAACGUUUUCUAUCAAAUUAAUUUCCCUAUGUGUCCUCGAUAGUUGCCAAAAAGAGAAGAAACGAAAAAAACGUUCUCGAAUAUAAGAAUAGAGAAAUACGUGAGUACGAUAGUCAAUUUAUAACUUUAACGUGUGUGUAUGUGUGUGUAUUGUAUGAGAGGAAAAGAGAAUGAAAGUAAAUACAAUAUAUUAAAGUAUAAGGGAAAUAAUUAUUUAUGGCAGAUGUGUGUGUGCGUGUUAUGUAUUUGCACGUGUAUGUUGCAUAUUUGAGUUUAAUUUAAGUAAACGUAUAACAAAUAAUACUCAGGGUAUUCUCGAAAUAGAGUAACUAAACAAAUGUUUAGCUUUAAAUCGAAAUAAUGUUAAUAUAUUAUUUGAAUUUAAGUAGUCAAAGGUUUGAAUAAAUGUGACAAGGUGUUAGAACCUCUUGAAAAAGGGGAGAAGAGUACAAACGAAGAUGCAAUAAUUUUUAAUUUUAAAAGAGUAAACAGAAAAAAAAUCAAACAAACGACAGAGAAAGAGAGGCAACAUUUUAUAAGAUUUUUCUUAUCAACUAACAGUAUUAAUAUUACAUUUUAAACAAAAUAUUUGUCAUCAAAUUAUAUCGAGAAAUAUUGGAAAGUAUCGCUUGUGAUUUUUCGCGCGUACGAGAUUAUUUAAUUGAAUUUAAUUUGAUUUUUAAUUGCUUUUCUUUUUCUUUCUUUUUUUCUUUUUCUUCUUUUUAAUAAUAAA